AUGUCUUUCCUCGGAAUCGGCCGUCCUCAACCUACGUCAGAGCAGAAGAUUGCUGCUGUCGAGGGCGAGAUGCGCAUGAUGGCUGAUACUUACAACCGACUGCAAAAGACUUGCCAGAAGAAGUGUGUUCCUUCCGACUACCGCGAGGGCGAGCUCAACAAGGGCGAGUCUGUCUGCCUCGACCGCUGCACCGCAAAGUUCCUCGAUACCUCCAUGAAGAUCAGCGAGAUCAUGCAGCAGCAGGGCCAGGCCAUGGGUGGAGGACCUCAGGGUGGUCCCGGAGGACUGUUUUAG